AUGGAGACAACAAUGCACAGUGUUAAUCCAAGGGGAGAGGGACAGACCAAUCAAUUGUACUGGUAUUGUAGUCGUACGAGAAAUGAUGGUGUAGCAUUACAGUAUAGAGACAGGAGUGGAUGUAAUAAUGAAGGAAAUAUGAUUGCAAAAGGAUUGAACAAAUUUCAAAUGAACAACAACAACAAUAGGAAUAUUAAUAUUAACAAUUCUCAGAAUAUAAAUUAUCACAUAAAUGCAAAUACUAGUAACCAUAUGAUGAUAAGAAGAGAAGAUAUUCACCCGCAGCAGGAAUAUAAUUCGAAACGUUUUGGAUAUCGUCACUAUGGAAAACUGAAUAGAGGAAAUAUAAACAGAAGAACUUUUCAUAAAAAUAAAACGUUUGUAAUGGAUGAUGAUCAGUUUACUCAUGAGAUGUAUAUUCCUACAUCUCCAACCGUUGAAGGAAAGCCAAAUUUUGGCACAACACAAACGAAUUAUGAUACAAGACAGAUGAAAGGCAAUUUCCUACAACAGGUAUGCCAUCCCAAUAAGAUGAAUCCGUGCAUGAAACAAAAAAGAAAAUGGAAACCAACUUCUAGAUGGCCCCAAAGAGGAGAAGGGAAUUCAGUUAACCAUGGAGACAACGCUGAAGAGGGGAAAACACAUCUUGAGGAGGAUCUACUGAUGGAAGGGUCUUACAUAAAUGAAGAAAAAGUAGAUGACCCACCCCGUGUGAACAAACCCAAGUUGGAAAAUGGGCACGAAAGGGAGGAAUGCCAAGAUGGAGAAGAUGGAAAAAAUGGAGAAGACGGAGAAGAUGGAAAAAAUGGAGAAGAUGGAGAAGACGGGGAAGACGGAGAAGAAGAACCCCCUUGGAGUGAAAGAAAAAAAAGAAAAUCGUACAGUGAAAUAAAAUCUGACAUAUUGAGAGACGCAAUUGAGUACUUUAAAAAUUGCAAAUCUACAAAAGCACAACAAGAUUCAGAUGAAGACCAUGUUGUAGUAAAGGAUCUACCCAUGGAAGAAGAGAAUAAUGCACAAAACCAAAAACCCUCUUAUUGUAAUGUAUGUAAAGAGAAAGAGUACAAGUAUAAAUGUCCCUUUUGUGAAAUAAAAUCAUGUUCCCUUAUAUGUGUAAAAGCACAUAAAAAACUAUUUCAAUGCAAAAAUAAAUUAAAAAAAAUAUUUAAAAUAAAAAAUAUAGGAAGAAACAAUUUUGACGAGAAUACACUACAUAAAGAUUAUUUGUAUCUUGAAAAUGUGGAAAAAAUUUUACGAGGAAAUUAUAAAUUUAUAAAAAUAAAAGAAUAUGAAACAACCAAUAUUUGGCUAUACAGAUAUAGUAAACUAAUAAAUCUAUUAAAAAAAAAAAAUAUUUUUUUACUAAAGGCUCCCAUGUACACAAAAUUGCAUAGAGAAAAUAAAACGAAUAUUAUAAAUAAUGAAAUAUUGUGGAUGAUAAAAGUUACUUUUGUAAAUGAAAAUAUAUUUGUGAUACAUGAAAACAUUUGUGAAGAUACCUCUUUUUUGCAAAUCCUUAACUUAUCAAUAACCAAAGUGCAAAAGUUGAAACAUAUUCUUACCAUCUACCUGAACAAUUUGGAUUCCAUACAUAUCUCCCUCAGUAACACAUACACAAAUAAAAAAAAAAAAAAUCAGAGCGAAGAAAUAGAUCUUUCCUUUUCCGUACUCCACACGCUUAGCGAUUUGCUGCUUGGAAAAACCUUUUAUGAGUACCCUCACAUAAACUUCAAACUUUUAUAUGAAGGAAAUUCACUUCUCGUGAACUCCGCUUACGAGCGUGUGGCUGCCCAGGGUGCGUGUCCUCUUGCUAGCCAAGCUGAAGGGGGUGGAUGCAACAAAAGUGAUGGUGCUGAAGAGGAAGCAAAAGAAAGUAGCGCAAUUGAAACGAUGGUUAGUAAUGAAUGCUUCGAAAAAAUACAAUGA